GACUAACCCAGCCCACCCUGCUUUAGUCUACAGUACUGCUUUCCUCAAGUCAGUGAGAAAAACAGAACAAAAGAAUAAAAAGCAUACGAGAAUGAAAAAAAGACUUAUUUAAACCUUCAACAGGAAUUUAAUCGAACUGAGCAGUGUAAAUCAGCACAUAGUUAUACUUGGAGGAAAAAUGAUGGCUGUAGAGGGAAAUGACACAAAUCUAUGCACAAUCUCAAAGGAAAUUAAAGUUGAAGAAGACUCACUUGCACAAGAGCUCAGUGCUUACAACUGUACUAUGUCGAAGAAGCGAAAAUUCCAUGAACUGAGCUCCACAGCUCCUGUUAAUAAGAGAAAGUCACUAUUAAUGAAACCACGGCACUACGAUCCAAAUGAAGAUUAUGAUGAAGACAAUGAGGAUAAACCAGAGUUUGUGAGCUUUAAGUUCAUGAAAAAAAAAUAUUGCUCUACAGCUGGAGGGGUAAUUGUGCGAUCAACAGGUGUGACAUCCCAUCAUGCAACAGAAGAAAAAUGUUUUUACCAAGAUAUCAUCACAAAUUCAUCAAUUUUGGGAACAAUGGCAGAGGAAACUGUAAUACGUACAGCACUUAAUAACUUCAAGGAAAGUGGAAUUCAGUCUGCCAGUGAAAAUAGUGAUAAUGGAGAUGAAGGUUUUAAUAUCCAAUCCUCCAAAGAGAAACUUUCACCAACAUUUUCACAUGAUGUCAACAACUGUACUUCUGACAAUAUUGAAAAUAGGUGGGAUACUUCUUCCAAUAUAUCAGAUGAAAACAAUGAGUGUGAUCAUAUGUCAGAUAUAGGCAGCAAGCAAAAUAAUAUCAUGGAUACUGGAAAAGCAAAAGUAGACAUGAGUGGAGAGACAUUUUUUGAAGUUGAAGGCAACUCUGCAGCACAGAUAACUGAACAAGAAGGAAACAGAAUCCAAAAUCAGAUUCUUGAAAGUGAAGAUGACGAUAAAUGCCUUUCAAUAAUUACAGAAGAGUCUGUUGAUUUAGAAAAAACAAAAGGCAACUUGAAUCUGCUUGAACAAGCAAUAACCUUGCAAGCAGAGCAAGGUCAUAUGUUUCAUAGUACAUACAAAGAACUUGAUAUGUUUCUUUUGGAACAUCUAGCUAGAGAACGAAGACAUGCAAAAAUUACAGAUGUUAUUGGACGGCAAUUAUAUAGCAGCAAAAAUUCACCACGGCAUGAUAAACGAGAGACAAAAUGUCCUAUUCCAGGUUGUGAUGGUUCAGGCCAUGUAACAGGAUUGUAUCCACACCAUCGCAGUCUCUCUGGGUGUCCUCACAAAGUACGAGUGCCUCUAGAAAUCCUCGCAAUGCAUGAAAAUGUUUUGAAGUGUCCUACACCAGGAUGCUCUGGAAGAGGACAUGUAAACAGCAAUCGUAACACACAUAGAAGUCUUUCAGGUUGUCCAAUUGCUGCUGCUGAGAAACUUUCAAAAACCCAUGAAAAACCCUACUCAACCAAUCCUGGACCAAAUCUUGAAUCAAUUCACAGGGCAACAUGUGUAAAGCACCUUGAAGUAACACAAUUCAGUUAUCGAGCAGCUCCAGUUACCACAACACGAGCAACAAUAAUUAAAGAACACAACAAACUCGGGAAAGUUCCAUUUGACUAUGCCAGCUUUGAUGCACAAGUUUUUGGUAAACAUACAAUUGCAACAGUUGUUCACAGUCAAGAAAGCCCUGGUAGUGAAGCUAAACAAUGUGCAAGUCCAGUGAAAUCUUCCAGUCGAAUGCCCAGCGCCCACACACAGAGCCCCCGCCAUGCCAGCUCUUACAGCUAUGGUCAGUGUAGUGAAGACACCCACAUAGCAGCAGCUGCUGCCAUCCUCAACCUUUCCACCCGCUGCAGGGAAGCAGCAGCAGAGAUCCUGUCCAACAAACCACUGAGUCUCUCUGCCAAGGCUACAGAUAUUGAAGUUGACGAAAAUGGCACUUUGGACUUAAGCAUGAAGAAAAAACGCUUCCAUGAAAUGGCUGAAAAUGUAAGCUCUUCCCACCCAACUAUAGCUGUUCCAUCUUCUCCCUUCAAAACCAGUAGCAUCUUAGUCAAUGCAGCCUUCUACAAAGCUCUCUGUGAAAAGGAGGGUUGGGAUGCUCCCAUCAAUUACAGCAAAGUCCAUGGUAAAAAUGGAGAGGAGAGAGAGAUGGAAUAUGGCAGUUCAGAGAGCAUGGAAGACUCAAAAUAUUCAGGAGAUAUGCCAGAGCCAAGCCCUAAAGCCAAGUUUCACUCCAGAGACAUGAAAAAAGAACUGAUCACUUGUCCAACCCCAGGAUGUGAUGGAAGUGGUCAUGUGACAGGAAACUAUGCUUCACAUCGCAGCGUUUCUGGUUGCCCAUUGGCAGAUAAGACUCUUAAGUCUUUGAUGGCUGCUAACUCACAGGAGCUUAAGUGCCCAACCCCAGGUUGUGAUGGUUCAGGUCACGUGACUGGAAAUUAUGCUUCACACAGAAGCUUGUCUGGAUGUCCACGAGCUAGAAAAAGUGGUGUCAAGGCUUUUCCUAGCAAGGAAGAAAAAGAAGACCCAGAACUUAAGUGUCCCGUUUUAGGCUGUGAUGGCCAAGGCCAUAUAUCAGGUAAAUACACAUCUCAUCGAAGUGCUUCUGGUUGUCCAUUGGCUGCCAAGAGACAAAAGGAGAGUGUCCUGAAUGGUUCAUCUUUAUCCUGGAAACAGAACAAGCAAGAGCUGCCACACUGCCCACUACCAGGCUGCAAUGGACUUGGUCAUGUUAAUAAUGUUUUUGUCACCCACCGAAGUUUGUCUGGUUGUCCAUUAAAUGCACAAGCCAUAAAAAAAGGAAAAAUAUCAGAAGAAAUCAUGACUGUAAAGCUGAAGACAAACGGAGGUAUGGAGAAUGAAGAUGAUAUCCGGAAUUUAGACGAAGAGAUCAAAGAAUUGAAUGAGUCAAAUUUGAAGAUAGAAGCUGACAUGUUGAAACUUCAGACACAGAUAUCAUCGAUGGAAACAAACCUAAAAUCAAUAGAGGAGGAGAACAAACUAAUAGAAAAGAACAAUGAAAGCCUUUUGAAAGAGUUAGCUGGUUUGAGCCAAGCCCUUAUUUCAAGUCUUACUGACAUACAGCUUCCACAUAUGGAACCAAUCAGUGAACAUAAUUUUGAAGCAUAUGUGAAUACCCUUACUGAAAUGUACAGCAAUAUUGAAACAGAUUAUUCUACAGAAUGCAAAGCUCUUUUGGAAAGUAUCAAACAAGCGGUGAAGGGUAUUCAUUUAUAGAGUGCAUGCAUCUGCCGGGCAUCAUAAAGUGACUUAAUGCAACUAUAAUUCAACUCCAUAUGGAUCACGUUGGAGUUUAUGUACUAGAAAAGUGUGCUGCAUUAACAACUGUAACAUUGCACUAUUGUUUUAUUUUUCUUUCUCCAACGGUCAUGAAAAAAAACAUAAAAGACUGUUUGAACUAACAGCAAAGCACUUGAUUAGUGUAUUUCAAUGUACUUACUUCGGAUCAUUUUUUUCUAUUGCACUCUUUAUUUUGUAAAGUGAAUGUAUAAAAAAAGUGUUUGCGACUAUUUUUUAUAAAUUGUAUUUAUUUCAGAUUGGAGGAGCU